AUGUGCGCCGCCCACACGCAAACCAAGGUUGUAUCCGCGCUCAAUGAGUCGCCUACAGACUUGGGCUUCGCCACUACCCACCCAUCCUUCCGCGAGCAUCUCUUGCCGGACUCGCUUGCAGAUAUGCCGUCGCGAACAACCGUCUUGCUACGCCCGCGACGUACGAUUCGCCGCUCGCUCUCUUCUCCUUCGGCCUGA